AUGCCAAAAGAAAAGAAAGAGAAAAAAGAAAAGAAAGAAACAAGAGAAAAGAAACCUACUUCUGAUUAUAUUUUAGAAACAAAUGCAGCACCUGAAAACUCUGAAAAAGAAGAUAAAAUAGAUAGAAAAAAUAGAUUAAGAAAUAAAAGACAAGCUAAAUUUAAACAUUACCAAAGAUUAGAAGAAGGAGAUGCAGGACCCUCAGGACCUUCAACAAGAACAAGGUCUAAAACUAAAACAUUAUCAGACACAAGAGAAAAAACAAAAGAAGGGUAUAAUGUGGGAAAAAUAGACAUUGAAUGUAAACAUUGUGGGGCAUUAAGAUGGAAGAGAGAAAAACCAGGACUUUGUUGCAUAAAUAGUCAAGUUAUAUUAGCACCACUUCAAGCACCACCACCAGAAAUUUAUUAUUUGCUUACAGCAAAAGAUCCAAUAUCUAAAGUACCAUUUUUUGACAAAAUAAGAGCAUAUAAUCAAGCAUUUGCUUUUAUAUCAAUUGCUACUGAUUUAGAUUUGGAUGUUGCCAAUGAAAAAAAGGGGGCCUAUUGCUAUAGAAUUCAGGGUGAUCAUUAUCAUCAAAUUAACUCAGCUUUGCCAAAACAAAGGGAAAUACCAAAAUUAUCUCAAAUAUAUUUUCAUGAUUCUUCAGAUAUUGAAGUACAAAUUGAUAGAAGACAUGAUGUAAUGAAGCAAUCAUUAAACAGGAAUAUGAUAAAUAUUAUUCAAAAUGUAUUAAUGGAUUUAAAUCCUUUUGUAGAUACUUAUAUAUCUGCAGGAAAUGAGAAUCUACAAAAUCCUCUGUAUUAUAUUUUAAUAUAUAAUAAGCAUGGUAAAGAUAUGAGACAAUAUAAUACACCAUUAGUUAAGGAAGUAGCUGCAAUUUGUUUUUCUAAUAAAACUAUGCAUGUAAGAGAUAUUCUUAUUGUAAGAUAUGAUAAUGAAUUAGAAAGAAUAUAUGAAUUACAUGGUGCAUAUAAUCCUUUAGCAUAUCCUUUGCUAUUUCUACUUAGAGAAUAUGCUCUUAAAAAAAAGAUGACUCAAAACCCUGAAGCCUCUAAAACUUCUGAAGCUGAAGCUGAAUCAAGUGGUACUUCUAAUAUUGACUUUAAUACUUUAUUAAAAAGAGAAUCACAAAGUCAAACAGGAUUAUCAAAUAUUUUGGAAUUUGCAACUAUUAGGAGUUCAUCAAGUAUGAGCCUUAAUGAUGAAAAUAUUGAUACAGAUGAUAAAGAAUAUUUUGAAAGUAGAACUUUUGUAAAAAAGGGAAAAAAAAGAGCUAGAGAAGAAACUGAAAAAGUUCAAGCUCAAGCAGAAGAUGAUAAUAAUCUUUAUGAUCCU